AUGAAGUCCAAAGUUUUCACCACCAUGAAAUCUCAUCUUUUCCCCUGUGAAAAGUUUCAGUUGGCAAAUUACUUUCCAGAGAUCAUUAUAUUUGUNAUAUUCCUGGGAAUCUAUCUCAUCACAGUGUCCUGGAACGUGGCUCUUAUUACCCUCAUCAGAAUGGAUUCCCAUCUACACACACCCAUGUACUUUUUCCUCAGUAACUUGUCCUUUCUAGACAUCUGCUAUAUUUCCACUAUAUCCCCCAGGAUGCUCUCAGACUUCUUCCAGAAGCAUAAAUCCAUCUCCUUUGUGGGGUGCACCGUCCAGUACUUUUUCUUCUCUAGCCUGGGUCUGACUGAGUGCUGUCUCCUGGCAGCUAUGGCCUAUGAUCGAUAUGCUGCCAUUUGCAACCCUCUACUCUACACAGCCAUCAUGUCCCCCACCCUCUGCAUGCAAAUGGUAGCAGGAGCUGGCGUAACUGGAUUCUUUGGCUCAUUUAUCCAAUUAUGUGCCUUACUUCAACUCCAUUUCUGUGGGCCAAAUGUCAUCAAUCAUUUCUUCUGUGACCUGCCCCAAUUGCUGCUACUGUCCUGCACUGACACUUUCUUCUUCCAAGUCAUGACCUCUGUGCUGACAGUCAUCUAUGGACUGACUUCUGUCCUGGUUAUCAUGAUAUCCUAUGGUUAUAUUGUUGCCACCAUUCUGAAGAUCACAUCAGCUGAAGGCAGGUUCAAGGCUUUCAACACCUGUGCUUCUCACGUAACAGCAGUGACCCUGUUCUUUGGCUCAGGGAUCUUUGUUUAUAUGUAUCCGAACUCUGGUGAUUCUUUGAGCCAAAACAAGUUGGCGUCAGUCUUAUAUACUAUUAUAAUCCCCAUGUUAAAUCCGCUGAUUUACAGCCUCAGGAACAAAGAAAUCAAAGACGCCUUAAAAAAAGCUUUGAAAGUCAAAGAUCCUGAAAAGAUUAAUUACAUCAGCCGUGGUGAUGUUCUCCCCAGUUUCAGACUUAAGAGAAACUCUAAGAAUGUAGACAAGAUGUCCAGAUCUGGGAUUCUGAGGAGUGGGUAUGAUAUUUUCAGCUGCCAGACAGAGAUCCUGGUUCUGGCAGAAGAGAAGCUGGUGGUGUAUGGAUGUAGUAGGGAAAUCAGCAGAUUUUCUCAACUGAAUGCAAAUUGA